AUGGCACAAAACGACGCAGCCCACCAAAUCUGCACCCCAGAAACCUGGCGCUCCAUCCUUUCCGCCGGAAGCACAAAAAGCUGGGUCCUCUUCGAGAAGGGCACGAUUGUCAUCCUCAUGGAUCCCACAACCGACGACCUCGAAACUCAAGCGAUCGACAUCCUCAAAGUCUGGGGCCCCGUGCACGUAGCGACACCGUCGGCCGACUUCAACGUCAUUGACCUUUCCGAGGAAGAGGUAGGCGGAUUUGUCGUUACGGGGCAUCAUAAGGAUGUUCUGAAUUAUGUUCCCGGUGAUGCGGUGCGCGAGGGCGCGCCGAGUAUGGUUGCCGGGUUGAUUGGGAGGGGGUAUCGCGAUGAGGAUGCGAAGGGGUUGAGGGUUGUUCACGUUGAGGAUAAGCGAGGGCAGGAGUAA